AUGGCUUGCGAAUCGUCUCUCCCAGAGGAGGAUCUCUCCUGUCCUGUGUGCUGUGACAUCUUCAAGGAUCCCGUUCUCUUGUCUUGUAGCCACAGCUUCUGUAAAGCCUGUCUGCAGGAAUUCUGGAAAGAGAAAGAAUGGCAGGAGUGUCCAGUUUGCAGGAGAAGAUCGUCAAGGUCUGAGCCUCCCAAUAACCGGGCUCUUAAGAACCUGUGUGAGGCCUUCUUACAGGAGAGGCGUCAGAGAGCUUCAGCAGGGCCUCAGGUGCUCUGCAGUCUGCAUGGAGAGAAACUCAAGCUCUUCUGUCUGGAGGAUAAACAGCCUAUCUGUGUGGUGUGUCGCGAUUCAAGGAAACAUAAAAAGCAUGACUGCAUCCCCAUAGAUGAAGCUGUACAGGAACACAAGGUAGAGUAAAACAAUGAUUUUGUUAAGUCAGAGCGUAAUGCGGAAAGUUAACAAUAAUUUCAACUUCACUGAAAGUGAAAAACACAAUAGGCAUACAAGUACAUUUUUUUGCUGACAAUAUACAUUUAUGAACUUCAUUUUCGUGAGAGUAGGUAUGUGAUCUGGAGUUUUAAAUUUGUAACAAAGUGACUAUCCCUCAGCAUUUUUUAUUCAGUCUUAACUGGAAUAAGUGUGCGAUAUGGUAUUGGACAACAACCUAGUGUUUAAUUCCAGGAGGAACUCAAGCCUACCCUGAAGUCCUUACAGGAGAAACUGGAAGUCUUUAAGAAAGUCAAACUCACUUGUGAUGAAACAGCACAGCAUAUCAAGGUGAGAUGCUGAGAGAUGUAACACAACUGUACAGAGUUGACUGUUCAUCCGUAUUACAAUGAUCGAGGUAGUAUUUUUUUUACUUCAGAGUUCUGGCUCUCUGUCUCUCCAGAGCCAGGCUGAGGACACAGAGAUAAAGAUUAAGCAGGGGUUUGAGCAGGUUCACCAGUUUCUACGAGAGGAGGAGGAGGCCAAGAUAGCUGCCCUGAGGGAGGAAGAGGAGCAGAAGAGUCAGACGAUGAAGGCGAAGAUUGAAGAGAUGAGCGGACAGAUAUCAUCACUUUCAGACACAAUCAAAGCCAUAGAGAAAGAGCUGGAAGCUGAAGACAUCUCAUUCCUGCAGGUACAGAUGUCUGUACCCAUAAUCAUUGAAUAUUAUUAAAGCUGUAUUCCAGAAUGAAGACUGAUUGAUCAUUUCAUUAAUAUCAUCGAUAACUAAGCUGCUCUUUUGUUACUUUGCAGAACUACAAUGCCACAGUGAAAAGGUAAGUGAUCUGCCUCCUGUCUCUCUCUUCUCUGUGGUUCUGAACCCAACCCCACAGCAGCACUGACUCCUAAAUGUUCUUCAGAACCCAGUGCCCACUGCCUGAUCCAGAGAGGGUUUCAGGAGCGCUGAUCGAUGAAGCAAAACACCUGGGCAACCUCAAGUUCAGAAUCUGGGAGAAGAUGCAGGAGAUUGUUCAAUACAGUGAGUUAUAUUUAUUCCAAAUAGAUUCAAUGAUCUCUUGACAUGUAGGCAUAACGCAUCAUUUAUUUUGUUCUCUGGUCAGUUUUGAUGUGGUGUCUCUGUUUGAUGUGGUGUCUCUGUUUGAUGUGGUGUCUCUGUUUGAUGUGGUGUCUCUGUUUGAUGUGGUAUAUCUGUUUGAUGUGGUGUCUCUGUUUGAUGUGGUGUCUCUGUUUGAUGUGGUGUCUCUCUCUCUCUCUCUCUUCAGCUCCUGUGGUUCUGGAUCCUAACACUGUGCACCCGAAGCUACUUUGUUUCAUGACCUGGGUGGGGUACGAUGAUUGCGUUAUAUGGGGUGGUGAGUUCCAGCAGCGUCCUGACAACCCAGAGAGGUUAGGCCAAGGAUGGGUCAUGGCCUCUGAGGGCUAUACCUCAGGCACUCACAGCUGGGACAUGGAGAUUGAUGACGAGUUUUGGUUUGCAGGUGUGGCCACCGAGUCUAUCAAUAGGUCUCAUCCUAGUGAUGAAGUCUGGGGUGUUAGCCAUGUUGAUAGUUUUCAUACAGAUUAUAAGGAAGAUUUCAAUUAUGUAUAUGAAGUAAAUUGCCCACAUACUGAACCCAUUUACCUCCCCGUGAGACAGGAAUCCAGGGUCAAGGACAGGAUCAGAGUUAAGCUGGACAGGGACAGAGGAGAGCUAUCAUUCUACGACCUUGAUAAUAACACCCAUAUACACACUAUUACACACACUUUCACUGGGAGAAUAUUUCCAAUUUUUUCAGUGCAUGAUGGUCUGAGGAUUUUACCAGUUGAAGGCCUCUGUAACAGUGGGACAGCACAGUUAGGGCUGCCGGUAAACGUGUGGUGA